AUGUCGUCUCCUCACCAUUCUUAUGCUGUCUCCAAAAUGAGACUCUACGAAAUGUUUGCACAAAAGUCGACGCCAACCAGUUUACCGCAACAGCAUCAGCAACAGCAACAACAACCACAGCAAACACCGCCCAUCCCGUUAACCAUGGAGUCCAAUCUAUUACCAUCAUCGUUGAUGCCAAAUACGUUUGAUAUUAUCAACGCAAAACUCGAGCAAAUGCUAUUGGAAAUUGAUAAAGUCGUGGAUCAGUCGACUUUGAUAUCCAUCGCCACCAUUCCACCCAAUCACGAUAUCUACUUGCUGAUCCGUCAAAUCCCUUUACUCAUCUCCCAGAGCACAGCCCCGAUCCAGACUUUAGCCAAUCUUGUCGAAACCGUCAUGUUCAAACUUUACAAAAGUACUACAUCCUUUGGUCUUGAGCUGUACACAUACUUCUUACAUAGCCUAUUGGAACAAUCAGCAGCGGUUGCAAAAGAAGCCCUGGCAUGGGCCGUGUAUGCCGAUGAUGAGCGCAAGUAUAACGCUCCAGUGGUGGCAAUGAUGAUCCGAUUCGAACUUAUUCCGCUGGAAGAAUACGAUGUUCAGUUGGCCAAACAACUCAAUACAUCAAAACGCGCAUUGGUCAUGGAUUUCGCCGCCGAUUUACUCCGCAUAUGUCUUCUCUCCCAUACGCCCAUGACAUUUCUCGAGGAUCACAUCCUCACAAUGAUCAACCUGAGGAAAUUGGCAGAGAACAAUGAAGCUUCUCCAAAGGUUAUUGCCUUAUUAGAGGUCUUGCAGCAGUCAGUUGAGCAGCCGUAUCACGACAUUAAGAAGGACAUUGACUGCUUAAGAUUGAGAUUGUUAUUGGCGGAGUGGACUCGAUUGUCUCAGCAUCCUCUAGCUGGCGAGUCUAUGUAUAAGACUGUGGCCAAAAAGAUCUUGGAGAUAUGCAACGAUGAUGACAACCUAUGUUUCUUUUUUCGGUUAUGUACAGAAACGUGCGUCAGUCGUUUCCUAGCUUCGAAAAGCCUAGGAGCAUCUUAUCAGCGGCGUGCUAUUCAGUUGAUGGACGCUUACGGAAAACUCGUUGCGUAUUUGGUGCGUGUUGGUGAUCAGGAUGAUCAGGGCAAGAUGAAACUUGUUAUACAUUCCUUCUCGGUGGUGAUUCUAGUGCUGGCGCAGCACCACGAGAGCAGAGGACCGGCAUUUGUUCAGAAACCAUUUAUGCGUCUACUGACAGCACUGUACUCGGAGUUGAACAAAAUUCGUCAACCCUCACUCAAUGCAGGUAUCCUUGUCGCUUUCAGUGAUGCUUUGUACACAUUGCAACCUCUCAACUUUACUGGUUUCGCAUUCUCUUGGCUCCAGUUGCUGUCCCAUCGCGCGUUUAUACCGCAGUUACUUGUCACGGGAGACCCGCAGGGUUGGACAAUAUGUCGUAAACUUAUCUUGGCCUUGCUCAAGUUUCUCGGUCCAUUACUGGACAAACAAGCGCUCCAAAAAGCCACCAAAGCCUUUUAUCAAGGGACGUUGCGUUUCCUUGUGGUGCUGCUCCAUGAUUUUCCUGAAUUUCUCUGUGAAAAUUAUAUGGCGUUUGCUCAGGUGAUCCCGCACUCCUGUAUCCAACUUCGUAAUAUGGUGCUCAGCGCAUUUCCGCGUACAAUGCAUUUACCGGAUCCCUUCACACUCGACCUUCAGAUGAACCAGUUGCUGGAAUCGAAGCAAGACCCCGCACUCAUCACUUCUUCUUAUAUGGACACACUGGCUCAGGCUCACUUUGUAUCCAAAGUAGACGACUAUAUACGAAACGCGACAAAAGCACACGACCCAUUUCUUGCGGAUUGUGUCACACUGAUUCAGCGGCCAUCAACCGAAGAGGAACCAUAUCGACCUGACAUGCUGGGCGCGCUGGUUUUAUACCUCGGUGCCCGUUGUGCCCUGUUAGACGUACCCUUGAAGGAGAAUCCGGCCUACCGCGUGUAUAAAAAUCUUUUGGAGUGUUUGGACGUUGAAGGAUCUUAUCUUUUGUUGAGUGCGAUGGCGGACCAUUUGCGGUACCCAAAUAGUCACACCUGCUUCUUCAGUACGGUGAUGGUGUCUCUAUUCGAGGAAAUGCCUGAAUCGAUAAAGGAGAAGAUGACCAGAGUACUAUUGGAACGAUUGAUUGUCAAUCGACCGCAUCCCUGGGGCUUACUUGCCACAUUUAUCACUUUUAUCAAGGAUUCUAAGUUCUGGAAUUAUGAGUUUGUGCACUGCUCUCCGGAUAUCGAGCGGCUUUUCGAUAAUGUAUCAAGGUCCAUUAAGCGAAUUGUAUAA